AUGGCAGCUAAAAACAUAAACAAAGAACUUCUGAUCGAAGCUGUUCGGAAAUUACCGUGCUUGUACGAUACUAGCAAAAAAGAGUACAAGGAUGAGAUUGUCCGAGAGAAUGCCUGGAAGACUGUAUGCCAAGAAAUUUUUAAAGAACGGUAUGAAAGUGCAAAAGAACUCGGCGAAGUUAUGAACCUUGCUCGGAAAACAUUUAAAAGCUUAAGGGACAGAUUUAUGAAAGUGAGAAAGGAAUACAAGCCAUCUGGGAGCGCUGGUGGGGAACCAAUAGAACCAACAUGGCCAUUCUUCAAGCAGUUGCUGUUCCUUGCCCCCUUCAUGAAACAUAGAGAAACAAGGGGAAAUUUUGUUCUUCAAGAGCGGGAAUCAUCAAAAAUCAAAAGCACCAUUGACACCGAAUGUCUGCAUGAUUUGAUUGGCGAAGCAAGAAAAGGUAACGAGCCAGCAUUCCAAAUUUCGGAUAGUACCGUUACCCAAGAUUGCACAGAGGAUUCUUUUGUAGAAUUACCAGCCACUCCGCUUUCCUACGAGAGUGCUGUGCCUAAAAAUGACAGAGCUGCAGCUGGAUCUCCUGUGGCUCAGUUGGACUCUCUACGAGAAAGUACCCGACCAAAAAACCCCAAACGCCCCAGACAAGAAAAGACCCCUGACAACAGCCAGUUUUUGAUGAAGGUGAUUGAAAACACCAAUCAGUUCAUUUCAUCGGCUAGCAAAAGAGAGGAGCCAGAUGAAGACGAUCUUUACGGUCAAAGUAUAGGAAAAGAAUUAAAAAAAUUGUCGGCCUAUCAAAAAAGUUUGGCGAAAUUGAGGAUUCAACAAGUUUUGCAUGAAGUACGGUGGAGCACUCAAGAAUAG